CCUCCCCACCCCCUCCACUUCCCUCUUUUGUUAAUUAAAACUAAGAAGUGAAAAUGGGAAUGAGGUGGACGGCUCCGGCGGAGAACGCUUAAGGACACCACGCCAAUUCUUCCCUUCCUUCCUUCCGAGAUGGAAAGAGGAGCUCCUAGCUCACUUAAGCCGGGGUAGGGCUGGUUCUCCUUUCCGAGCCAAAAUCCCAGGCGAUGGUGAAUUAUGAACGUGCCACACCAUGAAGCUCUUGUGGCAGGUAACUGUGCACCACACCUGGAAUGCCGUCCUGCUCCCCGUCGUCUACCUCACGGCGCAAGUGUGGAUUCUGUGUGCAGCCAUCGCCGCUGCCGCCUCCGCCGGGCCCCAGAACUGCCCGUCCGUCUGCUCGUGCAGUAACCAGUUCAGCAAGGUGGUGUGCACCCGCCGGGGCCUCUCCGAGGUCCCUCAGGGCAUCCCUUCCAACACCCGGUACCUCAACCUCAUGGAAAACAACAUCCAGAUGAUCCAGGCAGACACCUUCCGCCACCUCCACCACCUGGAGGUCCUGCAGCUGGGCAGGAACUCCAUUCGGCAGAUCGAGGUGGGGGCCUUCAACGGCCUGGCCAGCCUCAACACCCUGGAGCUGUUUGACAACUGGCUGACAGUCAUCCCAAGCGGGGCCUUUGAAUACCUGUCCAAGCUGCGGGAGCUCUGGCUUCGCAACAACCCCAUAGAAAGCAUCCCCUCUUAUGCCUUCAACCGGGUGCCCUCCCUCAUGCGCCUGGACUUGGGGGAGCUCAAGAAGCUGGAGUACAUUUCUGAGGGGGCUUUUGAAGGACUGUUCAACCUCAAGUACCUGAACUUGGGCAUGUGCAACAUUAAAGAUAUGCCCAAUCUCACCCCGCUGGUGGGGCUGGAGGAGCUGGAGAUGUCAGGGAACCACUUCCCUGAGAUCAGACCUGGCUCCUUCCACGGCCUAAGCUCCCUCAAGAAGCUAUGGGUCAUGAACUCACAGGUCAGCUUGAUUGAGCGGAAUGCUUUUGAUGGGCUGGCCUCGCUGGUGGAACUCAACCUGGCCCACAAUAACCUCUCUUCUUUGCCCCAUGACCUCUUCACCCCCCUGAGGUACCUGGUGGAGCUGCACUUACACCACAAUCCUUGGAACUGUGAUUGUGACAUUCUUUGGCUAGCCUGGUGGCUUCGGGAAUACAUACCCACGAAUUCCACCUGCUGCGGCCGAUGUCAUGCUCCCUUGCACAUGCGAGGCCGCUACCUGGUGGAGGUGGACCAGGCCUCCUUCCAGUGCUCUGCCCCUUUCAUCAUGGAUGCACCUCGGGACCUCAAUAUCUCUGAGGGUCGGAUGGCGGAACUUAAGUGUCGGACUCCCCCCAUGUCGUCCGUGAAGUGGUUGCUGCCCAAUGGGACAGUGCUCAGCCACGCCUCCCGCCACCCCAGGAUCUCUGUCCUCAACGACGGCACCUUGAACUUUUCCCACGUGCUGCUCUCAGACACUGGGGUAUACACAUGCAUGGUGACCAAUGUGGCAGGCAACUCCAACGCCUCGGCCUACCUCAACGUGAGCACGGCCGAGCUCAACACCUCUAACUACAGCUUCUUCACCACGGUCACAGUGGAGACCACUGAGAUCUCGCCUGAGGACACAACGCGCAAAUACAAGCCUGUUCCUACUACGUCCACUGGUUACCAGCCGGCAUAUACCACCUCUACCACGGUGCUCAUUCAGACCACCCGUGUGCCCAAGCAGGUGGCAGUAACCGCAACAGACACCAAUGAUAAGAUGCAGACCAGCCUGGAUGAAGUCAUGAAGACCACCAAGAUCAUCAUUGGCUGCUUUGUGGCAGUGACUCUGCUAGCUGCCGCCAUGUUGAUUGUCUUCUAUAAACUUCGCAAGCGGCACCAGCAGAGGAGUACGGUCACGGCUGCCCGGACAGUUGAGAUCAUCCAGGUGGAUGAAGACAUCCCGGCGGCGGCAUCUGCAGCAGCAGCAGCAGCUCCAUCCGGUGUAUCAGGUGAGGGGGCAGUAGUGCUGCCCACAAUUCAUGACCACAUUAACUACAACACCUACAAACCAGCACAUGGGGCCCACUGGACAGAAAACAGCCUGGGGAACUCUCUGCACCCCACAGUCACCACUAUCUCUGAACCUUAUAUAAUUCAGACCCACACCAAGGACAAGGUACAGGAAACUCAAAUAUGACUCCCCCUCCCCCCAAAAACCUUAUAAAAUGCAAUAGAAUGCACACAGAAAAAAAGACAGCAACUUUUGUACAGAGUGGGGAGAGACUUUUUCUUGUAUAUGCUUAUAUAUUAAAUCUAUGGGCUGGUAAAAGAAACAGAUUAUAUUAAAAUUUAAAAAGAAAAAUCAAAACAAAACUAUUUUCUAACUUGUAAGUUCUAUUUAAAGAG